GUGACAAUAGCUACAGCCUUCAGCUUACAAUAUUUUUUAUUUUAUUCCAAUAAAUUUAGCAAGGACUGGAACACGUCCGAGGAGACAGAAGCUCGGCAUGGAAGAGUCGCUCGACGGCCGCGAGGGCGGCGCCACCGCCGCAGGCUUCGACUCGGCGGCCAUCUUGAAUGAUGACGUGUCACCCACCACCAGCUUUUGUUACAGCAUACCGAAUCUCUUCAAUGGCUUGGGUCCCGGCUCAGUUCUGUGUGAGAGACCAGACACUGAAGCAGCGGAGACCUUUACAGCCACCAGUGAGCCUGCCGAGGAAGCGGAGCAGCAUCAGUACGACGAUGAUGAGGAGUACUCGCCGAAGUCAAAUAAUAAAGGAGACAUACCAAAGCGGAAACAAAGACGCUAUCGAACUACAUUCUCAAACGUCCAGCUAGAGCAGUUAGAGGCUGCAUUCCACAAAACACACUAUCCCGACGUUUUCUUCAGAGAAGAACUCGCCAUGAGGAUCGAUUUGACAGAAGCUAGAGUCCAGGUCUGGUUCCAGAACAGGCGAGCCAAAUGGCGCAAGCAGCAGAAGGCUGGCUGCGAGCCCUACCCUGGCAGAGGGGCCAGGUCACCUGAAGAAAGGUCUCCGUCUGCUUUAGCCCUUGAGAUGAGAGACUUUAUUACUAUACCUGUAUCCUCAACACAAAUGGUCAACAUAGCAGAUACACAAAGCUAUACUUCCAAGAAACAACCAGGUCCAGCCAUCCAUAUAUCUGCUCUUCCCACAAGGCAAAACCCUCAGAUGGAUCUGCCUUCCUUCUCCAUUCCUCUCCAAUACAACCUUGGAACGUUCAAGAAGAUCGGAGAAGAUGUGCAGCUGGAUUUGGAGCCAUCAGCAGAAAAUGUUCAGCAGCAAUGGGACACCAGAAUGAUACCAAACUUCAAUCUUAUGAACCUUAAACCCUUACUAGAAAACCGAGAGAAUAUAGACCUUACUGAACUGAAAUAUGACGUAAAGAACGAAGGCAGAGUCAGCUUCAGCGAUAUAUCUGGAAGUACAGUCCAAGCUGCUACAAUAGAAGCUGAUGAUAUUUUGGACAAAGAAGUUAAUGAAGGACAGACCAUUUCACCAGACUUUGGGAUAGAAAGGUAUCAGAAUUAUCAUAGUGAAACUGAGAAGAGAUUUAGAGAAACUUUUGAUGAAGGCAUGAUAGAAGAUGGGAGGAACGAAUUUGUUUGUGAUAGUGAUUUUUUGUGCAAAAAUAGUUUUGAUAAAGUUGAGGAGGAGAAACGGAAUGAAUUUGAGGAGUGUAAUCUUUUAGACACAGAUGCUAAUGUUAGCAUGCCAAAUUUUGACAGCAGUCUUUAAAUUGUAUAACUAACAAUCAUAUUUUAGUAUUUUAAUUAGGUACAACUAUUACCCCCAUAGCAAGCAGAGCUUGUGCUAUGACGACUAGAUAAUGGAUUUAUAAACAGGUUAGGGGGUCAUUUGAAUGAUGAUCUCAUUUACCAUAAUAUCAUAACUCUUAGCAAACGCCAAACGUAGUGAAGAACGAACCCCAGCGGACUGAAGCCCUCAAGAAGAUAAAGGACAGAGAAAAAACAUAACCCUCCUUCUGGCUCAGUCGGGUAAAAAACAUGAGAUAUGGUCUUUGGGGAAGGCCUAUUUAUCCUACGCUCAGUGGUGGACUAUAGAUUGAUACGUGCAAUAACUAUUGAUAAUAUUUAGUUUUAAGCUUAUUUAAUUGUUAUGAACAAUUUUUGAUUAAACUAACGAAAUAAAUAAA